AAGCCAUGUGGUCCCUUUUCCAUGUAGUUAACUUACUCGAUCUGAAAGAAGACUAGCUGUUGAAUUUUCAACCUCUCCUCCACUUUCCUUGAAAAUUCUCAAAUCUCCAUUCUCAACACCAAAAGAACUCCAAUACCAUCAUUUAACCUCAUCGCCGAAACACCCUAACAAAACACAGAAGAUCCAAUCCUUUGCCUAAAAGAUGGAGAAUUCAACCCAAGAAUCCCACCUAAGAUCAGAAAACACUGUAACAUAUGAAUCCCCAUACCCUCUCUAUGCCAUGGCAAUCUCUUCAACCGCAUCUCGCACGAACCAAUACCAGCGGAUUGCCUUAGGUAGCUUCAUUGAAGACUACAACAACCGUAUAGACAUCGUCUCUUUUGACCCUGAAACCCUCUCUAUCAAAACCCACCAAAAUCUCUCUGUUGAGCACCCUUAUCCACCCACAAAGCUCAUGUUUAGCCCUUCAUCUCUUCACAAGUCCAAUGACCUCUUAGCCUCUUCUGGUGACUAUCUUCGAUUGUGGGAAGUUAGAGACUCUGCUUCUGUUGAGCCUCUUUUGGUGCUUAACAAUAGUAAGACAAGUGAGUUUUGUGCCCCUUUAACUUCUUUUGACUGGAAUGAUAUUGAACCUAAGAGAAUUGGUACUUGUAGUAUUGAUACAACUUGUACUAUUUGGGAUAUUGAAAAGGGUGUUGUUGAAACACAACUUAUAGCUCAUGAUAAAGAGGUUCAUGAUAUUGCUUGGGGAGAAGCAAGGGUUUUUGCUUCAGUUUCUGCUGAUGGGUCAGUUAGGAUUUUUGACUUAAGAGAUAAGGAACAUUCUACUAUUAUAUAUGAGAGUCCUAGACCUGAUACACCCUUGUUGAGGUUGGCUUGGAACAAACAGGACUUGAGGUAUAUGGCUACAAUAUUGAUGGAUAGUAAUAAAGUUGUGAUCUUGGAUAUUAGGUCUCCAACAAUCCCUGUUGCUGAGUUGGAGAGGCAUAUGGCGAGUGUCAAUGCUAUUGCUUGGGCUCCGCAGAGUUGUAGGCAUAUUUGCUCUGCUGGUGAUGAUUCACAGGCACUUAUUUGGGAGUUACCUACUGUGGCUGGGCCUAAUGGGAUUGAUCCAAUGUCAAUGUGCUCUGCUACUUCUGAAAUUAACCAGCUUCGAUGGUCUGCUGCACUGCCUGAUUGGAUUGCUAUCGCGUUUUCAAACAAAAUGCAGCUUUUAAAAGUUUGAGACAGACAGAUUGCUAGUGAUGAAGGAGGGAGCUAGCAAGGGUCCUGGAUAGUUCAAAUCAGAUUUCAAUCUAUUUUCUAAUAUGUAAUGUAUCCAUCCAAUCUGACUUUAGUUUCUUUGUGGAUCAUUAUGGAGAGUUUUGAACAUCAAUGAAUCCUGUCUUCAAUCUGGUCAAGUUCAUGGACUCAUCUCCCUUAUUAUGCUGAUGCAGUUGUGUUCCGGGUUUUGUGACUUAUAACCUUUACUUAGGCACCUGGUUUUUGGCACUGUGUUUAUACUUCUUCAUUGUAUAAAAACUGUUAUAUCUCAAUGAAAAUUCUGCUUUGCAUUUA